CCGGCGCUGUGUAACGCCACACACACACACACACACACACACACUCUCCCGGUUCCGCCUGCACGCGCGCGCGCGCGGUGCACUCUCAGCGCCAGUGAGGAGCGCGCAGGUUCUCCGGGAGGAGGAGGAGAGGAGCGGCUUCUCCUCCUCCACUACUCCACUCCUGCUCUCUUCCUCUCCUGUUCUCUCCCUCUUUCUUUUCCGCGCUCGGAAACCCGUACGGACGCUAGAGCAGGGGACGCGGCGGAGGGAUCGCGCACGCGGAGGAGAGGCGUGGAUGUCAGAGCGCGCGCGGCUCGCGGAAGCUCGCGGGGCGUCUCGCGCUCUCAUGGUGUUGAGGAGAGGAGAAGGACCGAGGCUUUUACUUUCCCUCUGCUCUUAUGACCAGUAUAUAUAGAGAUGCUGUGGGCGGACUGUAAAGUGCUGGAGGCCGUUAGAGGGAGGCGCGGGUCACGUCGGGGGUCCCGGCCCAAGCUUUCCUGCUCCUUCUGGUUCGUUCUGCUGUUCGGUGCUGGAGGUUUGGUGCUUUUCAUCCACCUACAGGAUCUAUCAGACAUGGUGCAGCAGCAAGGACCAGGGGUGGAGUUUAGUGGCAUGACACGGCAGACGAGAGAGGAACUGUGUGCCCAGCAGGACAGUGACAUGAAACGAGGUUCUACAGGAGUACGCUCAAAUAGACAGCAUGGACAAGACGCCUUGAGUGCCGAUAUCUCCAUCUCCCCCAUACAGUUUCCCGCUUUCGAGUGGAACAAACCAAAUCAAGCUUCUCAGCAGAUCACCAAACGCCACCGGAAACUCCUCAAGACCAGCACAGUGAUUCGGCCUCUGUCUAAUUCUUCCUCCUUCUUUUCAUCGUCAUCAUCGUCAUUGUCGUCAUCACACUCUGUAUCCAACAGCUGGAGGCAUCUCUCACGUAUCCAGGAGGCUCGUCGUCGCCUCAUCAAGGAAGUGUGUGGGAAAUACCGGAGCAACAUCUCACGAACAAUAACACCACACCAUGUGUCUCGCAUCUAUGUAGAGGACAGGCACAAGCUGCUUUACUGUGAGGUCCCUAAAGCAGGCUGCUCAAACUGGAAGCGGGUGUUGAUGGUGCUCGCUGGCGUUGCAUCCUCUACGCGUGAAAUUAAUCAUGAUGCCGUCCACUACAGCAACCAUUUAAAGCGUCUGGACAGCUUCGAUCGGCGUGCCAUCGCCGAGCGUCUCCGCUCCUACACCAAGGUUCUGUUUGUCCGUGAACCGAUGGAACGUCUAGUCUCAGCCUUCAGGGACAAGUUUGAAAGCCCCAACUCAUACUACCACCCCGUGUUCGGGAAGCCCAUCAUCUCCAAGUACAGGGUGAAUGCAUCAAAAUCGGCACUCAGGACAGGGAGCGGUGUCACCUUCCAGGAGUUUAUCCGCUACUUGCUGGAUGUCCAUCGUCCUGUCGGCAUGGAUAUUCACUGGGAGCCGGUGAGCCAGCUCUGCAGCCCGUGCUUGCUGGACUAUGAUUUCAUUGGCAAGUUUGAGACCUUGGAGGAGGAAGCCAACUUCCUGUUGCGCAGAACGGGAGCCCCAAAAAAUCUGACCUUCCCCACAUUUAAGGACAGGAACCCUGAAGCUGCCAGGACUUCCACACAAAUCACACGGCACUACUUCACCCAGCUCACCGCCUUGGACAGGCAACGGGCCUACGACUUCUAUUACAUGGACUAUCUCAUGUUUAACUACUCCAAACCCUUUGAAGACUUGUAUUGACACAACCGGUUGCUGGUUUUUUUGUCGUCUUGGCAGUAUUUAAAACAUCAUUUAAACAUUUAAAAAAGUCACAAACUGCAGGUGUAUAAAAGCUACACAUUUAUAUAUUAUUAACUCGUGCUAACUGCUAAAACUGCUGCUUCAUCGCAUUAACACGAACCAUGAUUGAUGAGACUGAAAGUGAUCUGUCAGAUCAUCUAUAUAUCAGACAAACAGAACAAUUCUCCCUUUAUCUAUCGGUUUUCUUUCCACCAUUCCAUUCAGUCUAAGUAACAUCCCUCGCUCCGGAGUGCGCACUCACGAUAUUUUAAAGUACAGAUGUAACUGUAAUAUUCUGUUUUGUAAAAAGGGCAUUCAGAGGAAUCUAUUUUUCUAUGUAUUUGUAUAAAUACGGCUUUAUGUUUAGCUCUGCGUGUGUGUGUGUGUGUGUGUGUGUGUGUGUGUGUGUGUGUGUGUGUGUGUGUGUGUGUGAGAUAAUUAUCCACGCUGAAUAAUAGAUGUAUUCCCUUGUUAAGGGUCAUGUCACACUCACGAACUGUUAUUAAGCAUUACCCCUCGGACCAAAAAACAUCAAUAACUCAAUGUUUUCACCGCUCACUUUGAUCCCAUACAUACAGUUCAGUGGUUUACAUAAGUUUUGGCCCCCCUCUUUCCUUAAUACUCCAUAUCACACUGCCCUCUACAUCUGCUCAAUUCAAACCAACCACCUGCAUAUCUUCCCCUUACCACAUCCAUAAACCUCUUUCUUGGCCUUCCUCUUUUUCUCCAUCCAUAGUGAUCUUCUUCCAAUAUCCCCCAUGCCCUUCCUCUGCACCAUCCACAUCACUCCUGAUGAUCUUUAACACCUCACCUCCAGCUCCAUCUCCUGUCUUUAUGUCAAUGCCACUGUAUCUAAAUCAUACACCAUAGCAGGGUUAAUGACCAUCUCAUACGCUUUUCUGUCCACUCUUGCAGAUACCCUUCUAUCACAAAUCACCCACUCCACUCAUUUUCUCACUUCUCUAGAUCACUUCCAUAUCGAAUUGUUCAUAUUACCUUCUUGAACUUUCUAUUUAAUUUCCAUGGAACUGCUACAGCUUCUGUAGAACUUCUGAAUUGGUACUCCAAAGACCAACCCCCCUCCCCCCCAAAAAACUAGUUUUAACUCCAAUAUUGUAAUAACGAUGUAAUGCUAAAUGUUGUUAACCUGUAAUAACAAUGUAAUAACCAUGUAAUAACACUGUAAUAACUUUGCAGGGUUUUUUUCCUCCUUUGUUUGUAGACCUGAGCAGUAAUUGUUCUUGUUUUGUGGUUCCAGAUGAUGUAACUUCCAGCUCUCAUAACAGCUGCGUAUAGCGAGAUUACACUAUUUUCUUAUUUGAUGUUAUUUUUGAAAAGUAGAGAUAAAGGUAAAGAAAAACAGAGCUUUAUGGAAAAUGGAAGUAUAUUAACAGAGGUUCUAUAGAAUAUAAAGAAUAUCGUUACAGAUAUUAAGUUGUGUACGGAGCACAUGUUCGAUGCACAGACGUGUUUUUGAUGCAGCGUGUUCAAUCCCUAAUGUACUAAUGAAGUGUAUCGGAUGCUGUGUAGGAACUCGGGCAGAAACGUUUCUUUCUCUUCUCCCUCGACCCGUUUCUCCACUGAAGAUGGUCGUACAGUGAAAAAUACGUGAAUGUAAACGUGAUUUCUAGUGCACACGUACAGAUUUCUCAUCUGAUGCCCUUUGCCUUAUAUUUACACUGCCAAUGAAGCGGCGUGAAUCAGGUAGACAUUCUUCAGGUGGUGAAUCACUCUCUCUCUCUCUCUCUCUCUCUCUCUCUAUCUAUCUAUCUAUCUAUCUAUC